AUGGUCUAUGUGUGUGCUGCUGACAAUUGCGACGUUGGAUAUCCCACUGAUGGCCUUCAAGUCACUGCUGGAUACACACCUUCCUUUGGCGCAAAUCCUUUGACCUUAGUGCAAGCGCUACAGAACAGUAUCGAGCUUUCAUGGACGGCACCUAGUGGCCUGGCCAUCACCGAGUAUCAACUGUACUUUGACAAUGGCGCUGGGACCGGUGGCAGUUUGGUCAACGCCAUCUACGCCGGCACUGCAUUGAGCCACCGAGAGGAUACGUUGAACACGGGCUCCACGUAUCGCUUCCAGAUCCGAGCAAGCAAUGCGAAUGGUUUCGGUGCCUUCAGUGGCAUCUCUUCCUUCGUGGCCUCUGAAGCACCUGGUGUACCGCAGAACUUCCGGUAUGUGUCCUCCUCGACUUACACCUUGCAGGUUGGUUGGGAUACCCCACCUACCGUGCACGCGAAUGAGGCAAGCAUUGUACGAUAUGAGGUGCAAUGGAAUGAUCAGACGCUCAUCACAAGUGUUCAGACCAUUGCCACAUCACCGGCAUUCAAAGUGGCCAGCCCUACUGUGCCGUUGACUGCGGGCAACACUUAUCGCUUCCAGGUACGAGCUUGCAACAUCAAUGAGUGCGGCAGCUGGACUUCACAGCUUGACCUGGUGUGUGGUUCAUUGCCACAGGCGCCGUCAGCGCCAUAUGUAAUCUCCUCGUCCUUGACGGACAUCGUUCUCGGAUGGGACUAUGUGGGCAAGGACAAUGGCGGUGUUCCAUUGACUCAGUACAACAUCAAAGUCUCCAUGGAUGGCGGCACCACCUAUGCAGCUGCAGGAAGCACUGCUGAUUCCUCAGUCUACAGCUUCACCUACAACUGCGGCAUCUCACAGAUGUUCUUCUUCAAGGUGGCUGCUGUAAACGGUGUUGGAGGCUCUGGCGGCGAAGGAGCCGAGUCUGACCCCACAGGCAUUUACUGUGCUCCACCGCCUCAGACACCAGCGGCACCUGGGCUUAGUGCCACUGUCUCGACCUUGACCGUGGCCCUUUUCCAGCCCAAUGCUGUUCAGCUGAGCAGCUCUACACACACAGGAUGGCGUAUCUUGAUUGACGACGCCAAUGAUGCGGAUGACACCUAUGAUGAGAUCCAGGUCUUUGAUACGACCGUGUUGCAGUACACCAUCACCUCGGGCAUUGUCACAGGCAAUUACUACCGGGUAAAGCUCAAGCUUUGCUCGAUUGCCGGCUGCAGCACCGAGAGCGACAUCGGCGGUCCCAUCAUCGCCGCGUCACCUCCAGCGGCUCCGGCUCCGGUCUAUGCAUCAGCGUCAACAGAUACCACGAUGACGGUGGCCUGGCAGUUCUCUGGAUCCAAUGGUGGAGCAAUCAUCCAAGGUUGGUACAUCUAUGUGUCUACAGAUGGAGAGACCUGGCCAGCGGACACAUCGCCCUCAGAUGUCAUCGCAGAUGUGAACACGAUGCAGUAUCAAAUCACAUGUGCCACAUACUCUGCUGGCCAGAGCGUGCUGUGGGUGAAAGUGGCUGGAUACAGUCUGGCAGGGAUUGGCACGCUCUCGGGUACCUUGGCUUCACGCUGCUCUGCAGUGCCGGACACCCCGGCGCAGCCCAGCAUCGUCAGCUCCAGCUCCACGCACAUCACCAUUGGCUGGACGGCACCAACGGCCACCGAGCUUCACAAUGCCUUGCAUCAGGGCACCAAGGUUCAAUUUGACGAUGGAGCCAGCGGUCCCUUCACCAGCGUCAUGCUGACGGACACGUUGCAGGUAGAGUAUACGAAGACUGGGGUCUCUGCUGGUCAAACAUACAGGUUCCGCAUCCAGACAGUGUCCGAGACUGGAGAGAGCGGGACGUCUACAGUUUUGUCAGCCGUGGCUGCAUCUGUGCCCGAUGCCCCUGUGGUGUCCAUUGUGUCGACCUCCGACACGGCCUUGGUCUACAGCGCUCAGCUUUUGGGAUCGACGGGUGGAACUCCCAUCACGGGGUGGAACAUCUAUGCGUCGGACGACGGCAUCACUUAUCCAACCACACCGACAGCAACCGAAGCGGCUGCUUUCACAUCUUACUCAUUAGACUGCACAAACUUUGGUGGCGUCAACCGUGGACAACAGUACUUCUGGGUGAAGAUGACUGCUGUGAGCAGCGCGGGUGAGGGAGCUACGUCCUCUGCGGUGAAGAGCCGUUGCUCUGCGGCACCUGGUACACCUGCCAUUCCAAGCCUUACUGCCUCCACCGCUACAUCGAUUACCAUCAGCUUUGACACCAACGGCCUGAGCGGAGCAUACCUCACUGGCUUCAAGGUGUACACCGACGAUGGGAACAAUGGACCUUGGUCCAUUGACACCAUCACUGACACCACCCAGAGAACCUUCACCAAGUAUGGUUUGAGUGCUGGCUUGUCCUACCGAUUCAAGGUGCAGGUGGUCUCCGAAGUUGGCACCAGCGCUGCUUCUCCCAUCGCCACCUUUGUCUCUGCAGCCACUCCUGAUCCACCUGUGCUUUCGGUGACUGUCUCCACCAACAACCAGAUCGAUCUGGCCUGGACACCAGGUGCUGAUGGCGGUUCUCCAGUCACUGGCUGGUUGGUCUACACCUCACGUGAUGGAAUUACUUGGACGGCUGCCAGCAAUCCUCAGUACAUUGUCUCCAGUGGCACAACAUAUACGCAAGCGCUUGACUGUACUGAUGUCUCCAAGUGGGACAACAACAAUGUGCAGCUGCAAUACGUGUAUUUGCGAGUGUCUGGUGUAAAUGCAGCGGGCACCGGGCUUCCAUCGAACUCUUACCGUUGGCGCUGCUCGGAGAAGCCAGGGGCACCAGCAGUACCAACAAAGGUGUCCGGCACUUCGAGCUCUGUGACCAUUUCGUAUGUUCCAACCACGCUGAACAACGCCGUGCUCAUGGGGUACAUUGUCAUGUACGACGAUGGCUUGAAUGGCGCCUUCAACGAGGUCUAUGUGACUUCCACCUCACAGACAGAGUACACUGCAGCCGGUCUCACGGCUGGCUUGGACUAUCGUUUCAAGAUCAAGGUGGUCUCAGAAGUGGGGCAGAGCGAUGCGUCUCCUGUUUUGACCGUCACCGUAGGCCGGAUCGACGCUCACGUCGAACCCAAGGUCGGCCGUCGUCUCGCAGGACGGCAAAGCGAAAUGAAAAGGAGGCACUGCAUCGGCAAAAGAUGGCCCAGACGCAGGGCUUCCGCAAAGGCGUCCCCCAAGACGAAGCCAAAAGGAACAAAGGUGUCCAAAUCUCCAAAGCAAUCUCCCAAGGUGAAACCAACCCCGAUGAGCGUGGAUUCGUAG